AUGCACAGUGUCACAUGUUCCUCCCCAGCUGUGGGCCACACUGACAUGCACAGUGUCACAUGUUCCUCCCCAGCUGUGGGCCACACUGACAUGCACAGUGUCACAUGUUCCUCCCCAGCUGUGGCCCACACUGGCAUGCACAGUGUCACAUGUUCCUCCCCAGCUGUGGGCCACACUGACAUGCACAGUGUCACAUGUUCCUCCCCAGCUGUGGGCCACACUGGCAUGCACAGUGUCACAUGUUCCUCCCCAGCUGUGGGCCACACUGGCAUGCACAGUGUCACAUGUUCCUCCCCAGCUGUGGGCCACACUGACAUGCACAGUGUCACAUGUUCCUCCCCAGCUGUGGGCCACACUGACACGCACAGUGUCACACGUUCCUCCCCAGCUGUGAGCCACACUGGCAUGCACAGUGUCACACGUUCCUCCCCAGCUGUGGCCCACACUGGCAUGCACAGUGUCACAUGUUCCUCCCCAGCUGUGGGCCACACUGACAUGCACAGUGUCACACGUUCCUCCCCAGCUGUGGGCCACACUGGCAUGCACAGUGUCACACGUUCCUCCCCAGCUGUGGCCCACACUGGCAUGCACAGUGUCACAUGUUCCUCCCCAGCUGUGGGCCACACUGACACGCACAGUGUCACACGUUCCUCCCCAGCUGUUGGCCACACUGGCAUGCACAGUGUCACAUGUUCCUCCCUAGCUGUGGGCCACACUGACAUGCACAGCUUCACAUGUUCCUCCCCAGCUGUGGGCCACACUGGCAUGCACAGUGUCACAUGUUCCUCCCCAGCUGUGGGCCACACUGGCACGCAAGCACAAAUGUGA